CCGUGAGCUCUGCGCAAUGAGAAGUGCAGGUUGUCCGCCAUUGCUGUAUGAAGAACUAUCGGGCUUGGCGUUUGGCUGUCAACAAUAAACUUGAGGUGCGGGACGCGGAGCUAAAAGGUCGAGUGAAAGCUCGUCGGCUCCUCCUGAAACCAGAAGACAGCCCUGUCCCUCCCUGAAGAACACUUUCAUGCCAACGGACGAAGCAACCAUGUCCAAUCUCAGCAAAGGCGGCACUAAGAAGGACACCAAAAUGAGGAUAAGGGCCUUUCCUAUGACGAUGGAUGAAAAGUAUGUCAACAACAUUUGGGACCUUUUGAAAAAUGCCAUCCAGGAAAUUCAGAGGAAGAACAACAGCGGCCUGAGCUUUGAAGAACUUUACAGGAAUGCCUAUACCAUGGUGCUACACAAACACGGCGAGAAGCUGUACACGGGUCUUCGGGAAGUUGUCACUGAACACCUUAUCAACAAAGUACGAGAGGAUGUCCUCAACUCCCUAAACAACAACUUCCUCCAAACCUUGAAUCAGGCCUGGAAUGACCAUCAGACAGCGAUGGUGAUGAUCAGAGACAUCUUAAUGUAUAUGGAUCGGGUGUAUGUACAGCAGAACAAUGUGGAGAACGUCUACAACCUGGGGCUGAUCAUCUUCAGGGAUCAGGUGGUUCGUUAUGGCUGCAUCAGGGACCAUCUCCGACAGACCCUGCUGGACAUGAUUGCACGGGAGAGGAAGGGGGAGGUGGUGGACAGGGGGGCUAUUAGGAAUGCCUGCCAAAUGUUGAUGAUCCUUGGCCUAGAAGGGAGGUCUGUGUAUCAAGAAGACUUCGAAGCACCAUUCUUAGAAAUGUCUGCAGAAUUUUUCCAGAUGGAGAGCCAGAAGUUCCUUGCAGAAAACAGUGCCAGUGUUUACAUAAAGAAGGUUGAGGCCAGAAUUAAUGAGGAGAUCGAGCGGGUGAUGCACUGCUUGGAUAAAUCCACAGAGGAGCCCAUUGUCAAGGUGGUGGAACGAGAGCUAAUUUCUAAACACAUGAAGACCAUCGUAGAGAUGGAGAAUUCUGGCCUGGUUCAUAUGCUGAAGAAUGGCAAGACAGAUGAUUUGGCAUGCAUGUACAAGCUGUUCAGUCGUGUUCCCAAUGGGCUGAAGACCAUGUGUGAGUGUAUGAGCUCAUACCUGCGGGAGCAAGGCAAGGCCCUCGUGUCAGAGGAGGGGGAGGGAAAAAACCCAGUAGAUUACAUCCAGGGUUUGCUGGACCUUAAGUCCCGUUUUGACCGUUUCCUCCAGGAGUCUUUCAAUAACGACCGCCUCUUCAAGCAGACUAUUGCUGGGGAUUUUGAGUACUUCCUUAACCUGAACUCCCGCUCGCCGGAAUACCUCUCGCUCUUUAUUGAUGACAAAUUGAAGAAGGGUGUAAAAGGGCUAACAGAGCAGGAGGUGGAGUCCAUACUGGACAAGGCCAUGGUGCUCUUCCGCUUCAUGCAGGAGAAGGACGUGUUUGAGAGAUACUACAAGCAGCACUUGGCUCGACGAUUGCUCACCAACAAAAGCGUCUCUGAUGACUCUGAAAAGAACAUGAUCUCAAAGCUAAAGACUGAGUGCGGCUGUCAGUUCACUUCUAAACUGGAGGGCAUGUUCCGGGACAUGAGUAUCUCAAACACAACCAUGGAUGAGUUUAGACAACAUCUACAAACAACAGGGGUGUCACUUGGAGGGGUUGAUCUCACUGUGAGAGUCCUGACCACAGGGUAUUGGCCAACACAAUCUGCAACACCCAAGUGCAAUAUCCCCCCCUCACCACGGCAUGCAUUUGAAGUCUUUAGAAGGUUUUAUCUUGGUAAGCACAGUGGCCGACAACUCACCCUGCAGCACCACAUGGGAUCUGCUGACUUAAAUGCAACCUUCUAUGGUCCUAUCAAAAAGGAGGAUGGGUCGGAGGUCGGAGUGGGAGGGGCUCAGGUCACGGGAUCCAACACCAGAAAGCACAUCCUUCAGGUGUCCACCUUUCAGAUGACCAUCCUCAUGCUCUUCAACAACAGAGAAAAGUCAACAUUUGAGGAGAUCCAGCAGGAGACGGACAUCCCAGAGAGGGAGCUGGUGCGAGCGCUGCAGUCUCUGGCCUGUGGAAAGCCCACGCAGAGAGUUCUCACUAAGGAGCCCAAGUCCAAGGAGAUUGAAAAUGGGCACGUGUUUACAGUCAAUGACCAGUUUACCUCCAAACUGCACCGUGUCAAAAUCCAGACAGUGGCUGCUAAACAGGGGGAGUCGGACCCAGAGAGGAAAGAGACGAGGCAAAAGGUUGACGACGACAGAAAGCAUGAGAUUGAAGCGGCCAUCGUUCGCAUCAUGAAGUCUAGAAAGAAGAUGCAACACAAUGUCCUAGUCGCAGAGGUCACACAGCAGUUGCGAGCAAGAUUCCUUCCUAGUCCUGUAGUCAUCAAGAAGCGCAUUGAAGGACUUAUUGAGAGAGAAUAUUUGGCGAGAACGCCAGAGGACCGCAAAGUGUACACUUACGUAGCAUAAUUCACUGAAAGCUAGCAUCAAGUUGAGAGAAACUGGGGGCCUUUUUUUUAUUUUUGUGGACUGCUAUGUAUUUGAACUUGGAAGUGCUUUCAUCGUUGAUUCUGGGAAACACUGGGAAGCUUAACUUUUCUUCCAGACAAUGUGUUUGAAAAAAAAAAAUAAUGCAAAAAAGAUGGUGAAGUUUUCUAGCAAUAUUAGACUUCUGAAAGAGAUGGAAUGGAAGGAGGGGAUCUAGUUUUUGUAUAAACUCCUGUUUCUUGUGGCCUUUGGAGAGAACUCGGUAAGCCUGUUUGCCAGUCAACCACUCACUGUCAAGAACACACGUACAGCAAACAUGUGGCUACACGGAGCUCAAGAAAAUAUUUGAACUCACUCCCCUGUUUUAAAUGUUAAUGUCAGUGUGUCAAGUUUUGUGUUUUGUGGCACAGCCAUGGCUGUACAGCUUGACAGACAGGCUUGGCCUAACAGAUGGAUUUUUUUACAUUCAAAGAAAAACAUGAAUUGUUAACUAGCUCAGACCUGGUUUACAAGCGCAGUGAAAGACAUUUGAGUAUUUGAGACACCGUGAAGAUUUCUUAAUUUAUGCUGCAAGUAUGUCUUUUUUUGGGAGGUUAUUUUAAUGGUGCAUUUAAUUAAAGGUCACCACACAUGCCAGAAAUAUAUUUAAAGUGAUUUUCAAAACGUGACCAGGUCUGUACUGGCGUUCAUAGACCAAGUGCUUUUGAUUCACAGCAAGCUUUUAUCUAAUGGGUCAAGUUCAAAACUCCAUAGAUAUGUGGUCCCUAGUGUCACAUUUUUCACUUUAUGCCUGCUGUUUGUUCAGCCAUGAAAUGAUCUCCUCUCUUGGAAUGGAAGACUCCUUGUGGUGCAGGUUUCAAAGAGGAUUUUUUUUGCUCUUUGACUGCAUUUUGAACAGGUGGAACCAGUGAAGCACCAUGCUUUAAUGUGUACAAACUGUAAAAUAUUAAUUGUACUCACUGCAAAGGUGGAUUGUACAGGGCCUUGUUUUCAUCAUAUUAAAUGUAGAGUUAAAAAAUAAAUAGUUUUUUUUUUUUUUAAACUUCUUUCAUGAGAAGGCCUUGGCAAGCACGAGAAAUGGUUUCCUCACUUGCCAUAAUUUAAGUUUUGUUUAAAUGGGAGACAUUGAAAGGUUCUGAGCUGUGAAGAAUUUGGCAGAGCUACCCAAACAACAUUGUUUACUUCAUAUUUUAAG